AUGUCCGUCUCAGUUUUUGGGGGGUCUGGACAAGGGGACGUCGCGUUGAGGGGGCUCUAACCCGGUCACAACGCGGGGAAGUUGCGCACGGUGUUGCUGCGUUGCCAUGGGGCUUUGUGAAACCUAUUGACUGCGAUAGGGUCCCUGCUUUUCUUCGGAGUCUGUCUUUGUUGAAGGAGGAGGAGGAAGAAACCCCUAUUACUUUUUUCUUUUUUUUUUUUUUCCAAGUCUCGCAGAGGGCGCGUGAGGAGGCAAGAGGAGGAGGAGGAGGAGGAGGAAGAAGAGGAGGGCAGCCGAAAGGAGCAGCAGCAUCCAGGGGAGGAGGAGGAGGAGGAGGAGAAGCGGAGGUGCUCUGGUAAAGACCAACAGCAAAGCGAAGCGGCUCUUUAACGCUUUAACAGCUGUACUUCCAUCUCUUCCUGUCGGCGGUGGACGCGAGUCAACUUUGGCGAGCGGGUCUGCGGCAGGAGUUGCACCUGCGGGGUACAGCAUCUUCCGCCCGUCCCAGAAAUGAACUGACGACACAGAGGACAGCAACGAUUGGUCGAUAAAACUCCUAAAUCCUGCUGAGAAACCAUGAGGUCACAGCAAGGCCCAGGAUUGGCUGCCACGCCGAGGCUGUUGGUGAUCGUCUGCAUCUGUGCCUUUCAUGCAACUACAGCCAUCGACAUUCCUCUGGAGGUUUUGGGUCAUGUAAACAUUGAGCAGCUGCCCACCAUCACAGAUCAGGCUCCCAGCUCUCUCAUCGCCUUCCCUUUUGAUGAGAGCUUCCCCAUGACGUGCGAAGCCAAAGGGAACCCCGAGCCAGAAUUCCAGUGGAAAAAGAACGGGGAGGAUUUCGACCCUUAUCUAGAUCCCCGUCUGAUGAAAGAAGAGAAUUCUGGGACCUUUGUGAUACCGAACAAUGGGAACCUCACAGAGUACCAGGGAACCUAUCGCUGUUAUGCUUCAAACAAACUGGGGACGGCCAUAUCGAAGGAGAUUGAGUUCAUUGUGCCCGACGUUCCUAAAUUCCCUAAAGAAAAGCUUGAUCCCGUCGAGGUGGAAGAAGGCCAGCCUUUUAUUCUGAAAUGUGACCCACCCACUGGCAUACCUCCCCUGCAGAUCUACUGGAUGACUAUCAAUCUGCAGCACAUCGAGCAGGAUGAGAGGGUCUCCACCGGCCUGAACGGAGACCUUUACUUCUCCCACGCGGUGGAAAAGGACAGCCGAAGGGACUACUGCUGCUACGCCGCCUUCCAACGGAUACGAACCAUCGUUCAGAAGAACGCCAUGUCUGUCAACGUCAAGACAAGAAAAGGUGACGGGUCUGAAAGGGCCAACGCAAUUCUGGAGAGGAAACCCUCUCUUCUGACGCCCCCUGGUGACAGGUCGCAGAAAAAGCUGGUCAAAGGAGAGGACUUGCAACUGGAGUGUAUUCCCGAAGGAAUCCCCACCCCGAAGGUGGAGUGGAUGAAGAUAGGUGAUCGGCUUCCUGUUAAAGCUAAACUGGAGAACCACGGGAAACUGCUGAUUGUUCCGAGAGUUGAACAGGAGGACAGUGGGAGGUACAUGUGCAGAGCAAAGAACCCACUAGGAGAAGCAAUCCAUUACUUCACAGUGACAGUUGAAGAGCCUCCAGAGUGGGUGUCGGAGCCGGAGAGCCAGCUCAGUAUGAUCGGCUCAGAUGUGCAGAUCAAGUGCUCUGCCCGGGGGGUCCCAGAGCCCACCAUCACGUGGAGGGUGAACGGAGAACUUCUGCAGGCAUCCCCAGCGGCCAACAGGAAGACACUCGGCGACACCAUCAUGCUGCAUAACGCCAAAGCUUCUGACAGCGCCGUCUAUCAGUGCGAGGCCUCCAACAGACACGGGAGCCUUCUCUCCAACGCCAACAUCAUGAUCAUGAAUCUGCAGCCUAUGAUUCUGACCAAUAACGGGGAGGAUUACUCUGCGGUGGAAGGGAAGGGAGCGAUGAUGCACUGUAAGGUCUUCAGUUCUCCUCCUUCAACGAUCACCUGGAGCAAAGAUGAUUCCACUGAGUCUGUUGAGGGUCCCAGGUUCACGCUUCACGACAACGGUUCACUGGAGAUCCACAGGGUAGAGAAAGGCGACGUGGGCCAGUACACCUGUUUGGCUAAAAACACGGAGGGAUCAUCCGCCAUCGAUGCCAUGCUUUACAUAAAAGAUCCCACUAGAAUAGUGGUGGCCCCAGAGGACCUGCAGAUCUUAAAAGGUACCACAGCCCAGCUCUCCUGCCUGGCAGAGUACGACAAGUCCUUCAGUGAUGACUUUGAGCUCCUGUGGGAGAAAGAUAACACAGAGAUAGCACUCAACUACACCGAGAAUUCAAGAUACGUUGUGGAGGACAGCACUCUUCACAUCAUCAACGUUAGCUACGGCGAUCAGGGUGUGUAUAGGUGCGUGGCGAAGAGUCCGGUGGACCGGGACACGGCCUCAGCCUUCGUCAUGGUCUUAGACGUCCCCGACGCUCCUGAGAACUUGGUUCUAUCUGAGCACAAGCGUAAAAGCGUGAAGCUGAAAUGGACCCCUGGGGACGACCACAACAGCCCACCCACAGAGUUCAUCAUCGAGUACGAGGAGAACAAGUGGGAGCCGGGGAACUGGAAGGAGCUGCUCCGAGUACCCGGGAACCACAACUCCGCCGUCCUCAAGCUCCACGGUCACGUCGACUAUCGCUUCCGCGCGUACGCCGUCAGCGCCGUCGGAGCGGGGCCACCCAGCGAGCCCACCGAGAGAUACAAGACCCCCCCGGCAGCCCCUGACAAGAACCCAGAAAAUAUCAAAAUCGAAGGUCAUUUGCCACAUGAAAUGGAUGUCAACUGGGAGCCUCUGUCACCCAUCGAGCACAACGGCCCCGGCCUGGAGUACAAGGUGAGCUACAGGCGACAGGAUGUGGAGGAGGACUGGACGGAGCACACCGUGAAGAGGCACUCGUUUGUGGUGCGGAACACUCCCACGUUCGUCCCUUACGAAGUCAAGAUCCAAGCCAAGAACAAUCAGGGCUGGGGCCCCGAGCCCAAGAUUGUGAGCGGCUACUCCGGAGAGGACUCAUUCUUCUGGACUUGUCCCGGGGAAGUCACCUCAGUUCCCUCCGCUGCGCCCGAUGACGUAACCGUGCAGGUGAUGAACAGCUCCUCGGUCAAUGUUACCUGGACACGCGUGCACAAGGACAAGCUGCACGGACAUCUGGGAGGCUACAGGAUAAACUGGUGGCGUCUGCGCAGUCUGGUGGACUCCAAGAAGAGCCACGGAGACAAGCACUCACUGACGUUCCCAGGGGAUCGAACCCACGCCUCGGUGCCCGGCCUGACGCCCUUCUCUGAGUACAGCCUCAUCGUCAUGACCUUCAACGGGCGGGGCAACGGUCCAGGCAGCCAUCCGGUCAACUUCAAAACCCCAGAGGGAGUCCCAGGGAAGAAUCCAGUUUUCAGGGUCACGGAUGUCAAGAGGAACUCUGUCUCUCUAUCCUGGGCCCCACCUUUGGAGCCUAAUGGGAUCCUAACGCGGUAUCUACUGGAGUACCAGUUCAUCAAUGACACAGAGGACGUUGGUCCCCUGCAGACCGUUGACAUCAGCAACCCUGACACCACUAAGUGGAUCCUGCGUGACCUAGAGCCUCUGAGCAAAUACAAGUUCUAUCUGCGCUCCUGCACCGCGGUUGGCUGCGGGCCUGUUGUCAGCGAGGAGAGCACCACCGCCCUGGAAACAACUUCUUCUUUGGCUCCUACUGUUGGCAUCAGAAAGUCCCUCUCGACUCCGAGCACUCCAAAGUCACAUGUGACCAAACCCACUCGUUCGAGCAUAGCAACUGCCCUGUUGAAUGUCAGCUCAGCUGUUAACGGCAGCUUUGUAAAUAUCAGCUGGACACCUGGAGGACAGCACACAGAGUUUUACGUUGCAUAUAUGAACAACCGUGAGGGUCACUGGAAGCGAUCAGAGACCUUAAACACCUCUAUGACAUUUCACAUCAUUGAAGGGCUCCAACCUGAGACCGAAUACACUGUGCGCCUGGUUCCUAACAGCUGGCAUGAUAAUUCUAGUUUAUUUGAAGAUGUUAUCACGACCGGGUCUGCAGGUCUGGCCAGCGUCCACGGAGGAAUAUCCACCCAGGGCUGGUUUAUCGGCCUGAUGUGUGCCAUCGCUCUUCUCACCCUCAUGGUGUUGAUCGCCUGCUUUGUCAACAGAAAUAAAGGAGGAAAGUAUUCCGUGAAAGAAAAAGAAGACCUUCAUCCAGACGUGGAGUCCCAGGGCAUGAAUGAUGACACAUUCUGUGAAUACAGCGACAACGACGAGAAGCCACUGAAGGGCAGCCAACACUCCCUCAGCAGGGAGAUCAAAGCAGCGGACAGCGGGGACAGCCUGGUGGACUACGGCGAUGAGGACGCUCAGUUCAACGAAGACGGCUCCUUUAUCGGAGAGUACCGGAGCCGGAAGGAGAAGAGGGCGUCCACCGAGAUCAAAGCCCCCACCCAGACCCCGGCGUGAGGAGCAGCACGCCGGCCCUCAUCACACGGACUCCAUUCCACCUGCUGCAAACCACACACGAAGGAGGACAGAGA